GCGGAAAUGUAAACAGUCGGUUGAUCGUAUGAGUAUUUCUGAGGAGGAAACGUACACCUUCUGUUUAUUAUCGGAAUCUUUUUUAUAAACUAGAAAAUUGCAGAUAUGACAAGCGACAAAAGUGAACACUGGAAAGAUAUUCUGAAAAGAAGACUGGCCUCGGCCAAACCUGACAGCAAGAGUGAAGAACAGAAGAAAGAUGAGGAGACGGAGCUCUUCACGAAAUAUUACACUGAAUGGAAAGGAGGAGGGAGUAAAGACGCAACAUUUAAACACAUCCCUCGCUUCUACUACAGACUUCCUGCGGAGGAUGAAGUGCUGCUGCAGAAACUGCGAGAGGAAUCAAGAGCUGUGUUUCUGCAGAGGAAAAGCCGAGAGCUCCUCGACAACGAAGAGUUACAGAACUUGUGGUUUCUCCUUGAUAAACAUCAAGUACCUCCUGCGAGCGGUGACGAAGCCAUGAUCAGCUACGAGAGUUUCCUGAAGGUCGGAGAGAAAGCAGGAGAAAAGUGCAAACUGUUCUUCACUGCCAGAGUGUACGCCAAGCUGCUUCAUAAUGACCCGUACGGACGCAUCUCCAUCAUGCAGUUCUUUAAUUACGUCAUGAGAAAAGUGUGGCUUCACCAGACGAGGAUCGGUCUGAGUCUGUACGAUGUCGCGGGACAGGGAUUUCUCCGCGAGUCUGAUUUGGAGAACUACAUCCUGGAGCUGAUCCCCACUCUGCCUCAGCUGGACGGGUUGGAGAAAUCCUUCUACUCUUUUUACGUCUGUACUGCUGUGCGCAAGUUCUUCUUCUUCCUCGACCCUCUGCGCACAGGUAAAAUUAAAAUUCAGGACAUCCUGGCUUGUAGUUUUCUGGAUGAUCUGCUGGAGCUCAGAGAUGAGGAACUGUCUAAAGAGAGCCAGGAGUCCAACUGGUUCUCAGCGCCAUCUGCACUCCGUGUUUAUGGUCAGUACCUGAACCUCGAUAAGGAUCAUAAUGGGAUGCUGAGUAAAGAGGAGCUGUCUCGUUAUGGCACAGGAACAUUAACCAGCGUUUUCCUGGACCGUGUGUAUCAGGAGUGUCUCACCUAUGAUGGGGAAAUGGACUAUAAGACAUACCUGGACUUUGUCCUGGCGCUGGAGAACAGAAAGGAACCAGCAGCACUGCAGUAUAUCUUCAAACUGCUGGAUAUGGAGAACAAGGGCUACCUCAACGUCUUCACUCUCAACUACUUUUUCAGGGCCAUUCAGGAGCAGAUGAAAAUCCAUGGACAGGAACCAGUCUCUUUUCAGGAUGUCAAGGAUGAAAUCUUCGACAUGGUGAAGCCUAGAGACCCGUAUAAAAUCACGCUGCAGGAUCUCGUGAACAGCGGUCAGGGCGACACAGUCACCAGCAUCCUCAUCGACCUCAACGGCUUCUGGACCUACGAGAACCGAGAGGUGCUGGUCACUACGGAUGAGAGCAGCUCAGCCGACUUAGACGACACAUGACCACAACAAACCCUACGGAACUUUAAACCUGGAGAUGUAGUCUGGGUUUGUAGGUUUAACCAAUAUUAGUGUCAGUGCUGGAAUUAUUGGCACCCUUGGUACAGAUGGGAUUAAAAAAAAAAACCCGAUUCUAAUAAAUUAAAUAAAAUUUCCAAACACCAAUCUUUAGUACAGGUGCCAGUAAUUCUAGACAAAAGGUGUAUACAAUUCAGCUCAUUUUUAACUUCAUUUAUUACACAGGAUGAGUGUUCAAGAGUUUAUUAAAGAAAGUCACAUUAUUAUAUAGUUUUUUUUUUAACAAGCUAAACCAUAUUAAAAAGAGUAGUGCAUUUAAAGAAACUAUACAUAAAUUAUACAGUUUUUCAAAGUUGUGAUUUGAGAUCGACAAACAUUAAAGAAUGUCAAUUUCUUCAUUUUUACAUCCUGAAAAAACACCCGCACGCACACACAUCAGAGGAGGACAUUAUUUCAUCAGUUUUUAAUGGUCACUGCAACAAAAUGAGUGAAAAUUAAAAAAAAAAAAAAAAAUCAUCCUUGGUGUAAUAAUGAUUUCUAAGUUCACACAAAUGUUUAUGCUCUCAUGCUUCUCGAAGUUCUAUUAAGACUGAAUUGUUUUUCCUCCCCCCCCCUUUUAUUUAUAUUAAAAAAAAAAAGUGAAAUCACGUGAUAAAUUUCAGAUAUGAUAAUUGUCCAACCUGGUCAUCACUACAAGACCAUGACAUCAACUCACACCAUUAAAUGCCACUUAUCUAAUCAUUAACACCUUUAUAAACAGCAUCCAAAUAAAAUAAAUGUGCGAGAUCAAA